GGAGGGAAGAUCCCCAUCCGCUGGACAGCCCCUGAGGCCAUCGCCUUCCGGACCUUCUCCUCAGCCAGUGAUGUGUGGAGCUUCGGUGUGGUCAUGUGGGAGGUGCUGGCCUAUGGGGAGAGGCCCUACUGGAACAUGACGAACCGUGACGUCAUCAGCUCCGUGGAGGAGGGGUAUCGCCUGCCUGCACCCAUGGGCUGUCCCCGCACCCUGCACCAGCUCAUGCUCGACUGUUGGCACAAGGACCGGGCCCAGCGGCCUCGAUUUUCCCAGAUUGUCAGUGUCCUUGAUGCCCUCAUCCGGAGCCCUGAGAGUCUCAGGGCCACGGCCACUGUGAACAGGUGCCCGCCCCCUGCCUUUGCCCAGAGCUGCUUUGACCUCCGUGGGGGCAGUGGGGGCGGUGGGGGCCUCACCGUGGGGGACUGGCUGGACUCCAUCCGAAUGGGCCGCUACCGGGACCACUUCGCUGCUGGUGGCUACUCCUCUCUGGGCAUGGUGCUGCGCAUGGAUGCUCAGGACGUGCGCGCCCUGGGCAUCACCCUCAUGGGCCACCAGAAGAAGAUCCUGGGCAGAAUCCAGACCAUGAGGGCCCAGCUGACUGGCACCCAGGGACCCCGCCGGCCCCUCUGACCCAAGGCUAGCUGGACCUGGGCAGCAACCAAGCCAGCCUCGGUUUACGGCAGCCA